AUGCUCGCCCGCUGCACCUGCGUCCCCUCCCAGCUCGCCCUCGCGCGGCCCCUCGUCCCCCUCGCCUCCUCAUCGCCCCGCACCUCGUCCCUCGCGUCUCGCCGCACCCACUCGACCUCGAGCCGCCCAGUGCCCCGCCAGGAAGACCUCCCGACCACCCCCGACUCGCUCUACCCGGGCCAUGUCCCGAUCAACGCCUUCCAGCGCACCCUCCUCACCCUCGGAUCCGCCGUCAUGGGCAUCGUCGACACGCACCGCCACGACAUGAUCGCGACCCUCUCCGAGACGUCGUCUCCUCUCGCCUCGCUGCGCCGCCUCCAGGCGCACCUGCGCUCGACGCCCUCGGGCCGCGCCCUCCUCCGCACCCGCCCCCGCCUCUCCUCGUCGACCGUCUCUCUCCCUUCCCUCGCCGCCCUCCCAAAGGGCACCCUCGGCCACAGCUACGCCGCCUGGCUCGCGCGCAACAAGGUCUCGCCCGACACGCGCGACCCAGUGCGCUACGUGCCCGACGACGAGCUCGCGUACGUCAUGCAGCGGUACCGCGAGUCGCACGACCUGUACCACGUCCUCCUCGGCUUUGGCGUCUCGCUCCCCGCCGAGCUCGUCGUCAAGUGGUUCGAGGCGAGCAACUUUGGCCUGCCCGUCGCCGUCCUGAGCGGCGUCGUCGGACCUCUGCGCAUGGAGGCGAGCGAGCGCAAGAGGCUGUGGAGGACGUACGGCCCGUGGGCGCUCCGCGCGGGCGCGAGGGCACAGUGCCUCAUCGGCGUCCCGUGGGAGCAAGAGUGGGAGACGCCCAUCGACGAGCUGCGCGCGAGGUGGGGCGUCGAGCGCCCGCCGGUCGGGUUCAAGGCCUGGAGGGACGAGGGCAGGAGGCUCGAGGCGCUCAGGCGCGAGGCCGACGGCGUCUAG